GGCAUCUUGUUUAUCGCCAUUUUUGUGAUGGCGGCCGAUAUUUAUAGAUCCUAAGGGUGUUGUUAGUUUUCCAUAAUAAAUGUUUUAAAAUGGAGGAGACGAAAGUUAUUUACUACAUAGACGAUGAGGAGACGCCUUAUUUAGUUAAAAUACCGAUAUCGCCGGAGAAAGUGACUUUACUAGACUUUAAAAAUCAAUUGAAUAGGCCUAACUAUAAAUUCUUUUUCAAAUCGAUGGACGAUGAUUUUGGUGUAGUGAAAGAGGAAAUUAUCGAUGAUAGUGCACAUCUGCCGUGUUUUAACGGUCGUGUGGUGUCGUGGCUGGUGUCUGCGGAGGGAUCUAACCCUUCGGACGGUGCUUCGCAAUGUACGGACAGUAAUGCUGGGAAGGGAAAGCCUAAUCCUCACGGAGCACCAACUGUACCCUUAACAAGAGAUACCUGUACAGACACGGAUAGUACUAUCAGUUCUCGUCCUGGACACCGGGCAUCUUGUGAUAAAUAUAAAUACAGAGGCUUGAGAAUCAACGGCCAUUCCAAGUAUGGCAAUCACGGACUUGAAUACGAAACAGCUUCCGUUCUCAGUUCUGAUUUGGAUUCUACGAGCCUCUUCGACAGUCAAUCGGAGAUAACAACGACUACUGGUAGACAUACAAACGCGUCUGUGGACAGAGCGCUCACAGAAUGUAGCAGUGUAUCACAUUUACAAGUCAGUUCUCGUAAGCGUCCGCAAAGAAGACGAAAACGACCUCAAGUUAUGUCAAGAACGUCUUCAUAUUCAUCAAUAACAGAUUCCACGAUGUCUAUGCAUAUAAUAACGGUGACUUUGAACAUGGAUACAGUGAAUUUCCUUGGGAUAUCGAUUGUGGGGCAAUCGAAUAAGGGUGGCGAUGGAGGGAUAUAUGUAGGCAGUAUAAUGAAAGGUGGUGCGGUAGCUCUGGACGGACGGAUAGAGCCGGGAGAUAUGAUACUACAGGUGAAUGAUGUAAACUUUGAAGAUAUGACGAAUGAUGAAGCGGUGAGGGUUCUCCGGGAGGUGGUUCAGAAACCAGGCCCCAUUAAGCUGGUGGUGGCGAAGUGCUGGGACCCUAACCCUAAGGGAUACUUCACUAUACCAAGAACUGAACCAGUCAGACCUAUAGAUCCAGGUGCAUGGGUGGCUCACACCGCAGCGCUAAGGGAGGCAUACCCGCCGCCGCCUGGUGGGGCCCCGGGUUCCGAUGCUGGGUCUUUGCCCCCUGAGCCUCCGCUGUCUGUCAGCAUGGACAUGUCUUUAGUUGUCAGAGCUAUGUUACGCCCUGAGAGUGGUCUGGAGAUCAGAGACCGUAUGUGGUUGAAGAUAACCAUCCCGAAUGCUUUCAUCGGAGCUGAUGUGGUGGACUGGAUCCUGCAGCAUGUGGCUGGUAUCGCUGACCGCAGGGAUGCAAGGAAAUAUGCCUCGCAUAUGCUUAAGGCCGGUUUCAUUCGUCACACAGUGAAUAAAAUAACGUUCUCAGAGCAAUGUUAUUACGUAGCUGGGGAACUGUGUGCGGAUAUGGCAGCUUUGAGACUAAGAGAUAAUGAAAGUGUAGCCGGGGAUACACUGGCACCGCUACCUAAUCCUAAUAUGAUGGGGCCGGGGUAUAUGCCGUACGCAGGCUCCUAUGGAUAUCAACCAAUACCGUUCAAAUAUACCUCCUGCGUUACAAGUGAACAUACGAUAUAUGGUUACAACCGCGAGGAGAGUGUCUUAUCUGGCAGCGGGGGCUCCAGCGCGGGCUCCGACCAUCUCACAGCUAAAGAACAUACAGGUCGUGAAGGUGAGGUGAAGUCCACGUCCAGUGGUUCAGGGGCGUCAGUGGUGGCGGAGGGGGGCGCGGGCGGUGCGGCGGGCGCGGGGGGCACGCGCCGCUCGCACUCCAGCGGCAGCGACCGCGCCACCGACAGACCUGUGCUCUUCCUAUAACGGUAUGUAGCACAUA